AUGAUGAACCCCAACGACAAAAAAGUGGACCAGUCCACUGCGGAGAAAGAUGUUACACAUGUUGCACUCGGCGAGGCUCACGAUAUCGGAGCGAAUCUGUAUCUGGAGGCGGAGCAGCUGACUGCCGAGGAACUGGAGACUGAGGGCGCCGAGGUGCUAAGGAUUAUCGACUGGAGGAUUAUGCCGAUGCUCUAUCUGACCUAUGUUAUUCAAUUCCUCGACAAACUAUCGCUUAAUUAUGCAUCGGCAUACUCCUUGAUCCCAGACCUCGGUCUUGAAGGCCAACGAUAUUCAUGGGUUGCGGCUAUUUUCAACUUCGGUUAUCUCUUCUGGGCCCUCCCAGCCAACCUCCUAAUCCAGCGGUUGCCAAUCGCAAAAUACAUGGGCGGUAUGCUUCUGAUCUGGAGUGUACUCAUUGUUGCACACGUUGGAGCGAAGAACUACGGAGGGAUCCUGGUAUUGAGAUUCCUCCUGGGCAUGGCAGAGGCCGGAGUCAGUCCAUGCAUGAUGAACCUUACAUCAAUGUUUUACAAGCGCUCCGAACAACCGUUGCGCAUGGCUAUCUGGCUCAGCGCAAAUGGCAUGGCCACAAUGGUAGGAGCACUACUAGGAUUCGGCCUCGGCCAUUCACACAACACCGCGCUCCAUAGCUGGCAGUUGAUUUUCCUAACCAUCGGACUACUCAACUUCCUCUGCGGCUGUCUCUUCCUCUGGCUUAUGCCCGACUCACCCAGCUCUGCCCGCUUCCUAACCCACCGCCAGCGCGUGAUCGCCGUGCAGCGUGUCGCCGAGAACAUGAUCGGCGUGAAGACCCGAGACAUCAAACCACGCCAGGCUCUGGAGAUUCUCUACGAUUUCAGAGUCCUCUGCUGCGCGGGAGUCGGCAUCGCCUGCGGUGUGAUCAACGGCGGCUCAUCGAAUUUUGCAUCAGCCUUGAUCAAAGGCUUUGGCUUCAGCGGGAUCUACACUACACUCCUCCAACUACCUACAGGUGCGAUCGAAGCGGUGGUUGUUCCAAUCUGUGGAAUAAUCGCUACAUACGUUAAAGAUUCACGCUGCAUCGUUCUCGCAGUCGUCUGUCUGAUCCCCUUCGGUGGUCUUCUGGGUAUCCGCUUCACCAGCCUUGACCGUCCCUGGACUUUAGUCGGAUGCACCUGGCUGCAGUAUCUCAUUGGUGCACCUGUUAUUAUUUCGUGGAACCUGCUUGCCACCAAUGUCGCCGGCCACACUAAGCGGGCGGUCGCUAAUGGUCUCUGGUUCUCGCUCUAUGCGGCCGGUAAUGUCGCCGGUGCGAAUAUCUUCUUCGCUAACGAGUCCCCGCGCUAUUACUCGGGUCUUUUAGGUCUGCUCAUUUGCUAUGCGGGUAUAAUUGUUCUAGCAUGUGCGGCAUAUAUGUCGAUGAAAUGGGAGAAUAGAAGGAGAGAUGCUGCAAUGGUUGCGGCUGAUACUGAUGAGACACUAGAGGAUGCCACCUCCCAGGCUAUCUUGGAUGGAUUUAAGGACUUGACGGAUAUGGAGUCCAAGCAUUUUAGGUACGCGCUUUGA